AUGGAAGAGUGGAACCUAACUGAACCAGCGAAGCGCACAAAUAUGGCUAGUUUUUGGCUCCAAAGAGUACAAGCCUUAGAGCUAGAAGUACAAAACAUCUUAGACGACAACGAAGCUAUCAAGAACGAUGAAGGAUGCUUUUUUUGGUGUUGGGUUCCGAAAAAUUGCUGGAGUGCUUACAAACUCGGAAAAUUAGUGUCACGAAAACAGACUGUUGUGGAGCGUUUAUCGAGGGAAGGUGAUUUCCGAGACGUCACUUGUAGAUGUGAACCGGAUCCCUUCCAAGAGAUUCCAGUCGUUAAAGUUGUGGGCAUGGACGUAAAAUUUAGUGAAGUAUUGGAGUCCUUGGUACCCGAAGAAAAUCCAGUGCAAAUAGUAGGUUUAUAUGGAAUGGGAGGAGUUGGGAAGACAACUCUUUUACAGAAAGUUAACAAUGAGUUUGCUGAAAGAAAAAUAUUCGAUGUAGUAAUUUGGAUUGUGGUGUCUAAAAGUCUAAACUUAAGAAGUAUUCAAAACCAAAUUGGGAAGAAACUAGGACUAUCAUGGUCAGAAGGAACUGAAACGUAUGAGAGAGCUAAUGAUAUAUUCAAAGGGUUAAAAAAUAGGAGAUUUUUGUUGUUGUUAGAUGAUAUUUGGGAAGGAAUUGACAUAGAAACGAUCGGAGUUUCAAGGAAUGCAAUCCAAUUAACUGGGUCUAAGGUUGUGUUUUCUACAAGAAGUGAGCAAGUGUGCGGGUUAAUGGAGGCUGAUAAAAGAAUCAAAAUAGAGUGUUUAGACGAUGAUCAAGCUUGGAGCCUAUUUCAACAAAAGGUCAAGCAAGAAGCGUUGAGUUGUCAUCCAGAAGUACUCGAGGUUGCCAAAAAAGUUGCAAAAGAAUGCCGAGGUUUACCUUUAGCUCUUAUCACUAUUGGCCGAACUAUGUCUAGCAAAACCGAUCUCAAACAGUGGCAACACGCACUAUGUACUCUACAGGAAUCGGCAUCACAGUUUUCAGGUAUGACGGACAAGGUAUUAGCUAUUUUGAAGUAUAGCUAUGAUAAUUUGGAAAGCCAGAAGUUGAAGUCUUGCUUCUUAUAUUGCUCGUUACACCCAGAAGAUUUUUCAAUUAGCAUAGACGGACUAAUCGGGUGUUGGUUGGGUGAGGGAUUUUUGGAAAACGUUGAUGAUUUAGCGAAAGCUCUAAAUGAAGGCCUCGAUGUCAUUAGAUGUCUUAAGGAUGCUUGUUUGUUAGAAACUGGAAUUAUGUUUGGGGUAAAGGUGGAAGCUAAGGUAAAAAUGCAUGAUGUAGUUCGUGAUAUGGCAAUUUGGGUAGCUUCAACUCUUGGAGAGAAAAAAGGCACGUAUUUAACUGUGCAGGCACAAAGCACGUUGAAGCUCCAUGAAUUGGAGAAAGCAGAGAGGGUCUCACUAAUAGGAAAUAUAGCAAUUAGAAAACUUAAUGGAGCACCACAUUGCUCGAAGCUCUUAACUAUGUUACUUCAAAACAGUAAUGUCUCUGAUAUUUCUGAUGACUUUUUCCGAUUCAUGCCCAUGCUUAAAGUUUUAAAUUUGAAUGCAGUGAAGCUCAAGAAACUCCCGACAAGCAUUUUUUCAUUAUCGAAGUUAGAAUAUUUAGAACUGCCAUUAUAUGAUGAAGAUGUUGUUCUACCACCAGGGAGUUUAGCAUCUCUGACAAAAUUGAAGGCCAUAAGUUUGUCAAGGUCGUGUUUUCACUGGGAAUUGAAGGGUGGACCAAGCCUUGGAGAAUUGGAAGGCUUACAACAGUUGAUAGGUCUUCAGAUCACAAUAGGAACUGGUCCUGCUCUUCAAAGGUUAGUAACAAGUCAAAAAUUACAGUUGUGCACAAAACUUUUAAGUAUUAAAUACUGUCCGGGAAUUACAUCCCUAACAUUUCUACCAUCGGCAUCAGUAUCAGUACUUAGUCUAGUAGACAUGACAAGCUUAAGUUUCCUUUCUCUGGAAAACUGUGAUGAAUUGGAAGAGUUGAGAAUCAUGAGUUGGGAUGCAGUAACCCUGUUCACAACAUUGGAGGAAUUGCACCUUUUAUUCAUGCCAAAGUUGAGAAUUGUAUGGGAUGUGCCUCAACAAUCAUUCUUCUCUGUGAACCUUAAACGUGUAAUAAUUACAGGUUGUCCUGGAUUGAAGGAUAUUACAUGGCUGAUCUACAUUCAGAAUCUAGAGUUACUUCGCUUGGUUGAAUUGGAUGGACUAGAAGAUGUAAUAUCUAGUGGAUUUGCAGCCGAACAGAAGUUAAUAACUACGUUUUCCAGAUUAACUCUUUUGAGUUUGCACUCUCUGAAGAAUCUCAAAAGGAUAUGUGACCAAAAUGUGAAAUUCUUUCAUUUGGAAAAUAUUCUCGUGGUGGGGUGUCCAAAAUUGAAGAAGCUACCAUUUAACACCAAUAGCUUGAUCCCUCGGAGUUUAAAGAAGAUUGAAGGAGAGGAGCAAUGGUGGGAAAGGCUAGAAUGGGAAGAUGAAGCCACCAAGUCUAAUUUUAAUUCUUAUUUCGUGACCCAUUGA